AUGUCGCAUGAGUUCGCCAAGGCAGGAGAGCGGACGUGGCUGUGCUCCCUUGCAAGUGGGUAUGCUGUCAGUGCAAUGCCCGUGGUACCUGACAGCGAAGACUUGGGCUGGGUAGAAGAGGAAGCCGGCGAGGGCGGGUUGAUCGAGAUCGUGGAGGCGUGCCAAAGCGCAUCAUUGGGUCGAUUCAUGGGUCAUGGCGAAGAGUUUCCGGGUUUGCAGUCCGCAAUUUCCGGUGUAGUAGGGAUGCAGCGUUUUGGGCAGGACACGCUCAGAGGCUGGGAGUUUCUCAGUGCAAGCCGGAGCAUGAAGGUCGUAAUCGGCGCCGAUACAAUUCUCUUGAGAGCCUUCUGCUCGUUGGAAACCAACAUCGUUCGUUACGCCAGUCGCAAGUCGUCCUGCCGGUCAAGCGAUGCUGACACGGGUAUCCAUAUCGGCAACACCGGGCGGUAUUUCGAAGAGAUUACAAGUGCUUCGCUCCUCCGCGCUCGAUGCACUGAGGCAUACGGUGAUUCUCGUUUCGAUGGACUGGAAUACAUCAUGAAGUUGUCGUUGGAAGGCGGAGGGCAAACUGCAGCGACAUUCGGAGGAUAUGGAGGCCACGGGCCGUAG